UCCCGUCCCGUUACCGCCUCCUGGCCGGCCUCGCGCCUUUCGCCGGCACCUUGCGUCGGCUGCGCAGCCGGGCCCGCUCCCUGCCACGCGCGCCCCCGGGGCCCCCGGCUCCGGCGCCGGCAAGGGUCGCGUCCCGCUCGCCUGCCCCACAGGCCGCCGGCCCGCCAGCCAGCCAGCCCGCCAGCCAGCCAGCCCGCCCGCCGCCAUGGGUGCCUACCUCUCCCAGCCCAACACGGUGAAGUGCUCCGGGGACGGGGUUGGCGCCCCGCGCCUCCCGCUGCCCUACGGCUUCUCCGCCAUGCAAGGCUGGCGCGUCUCCAUGGAGGAUGCUCACAACUGUAUUCCUGAGCUGGACAAUGAGACAGCCAUGUUUUCUGUCUACGAUGGACAUGGAGGGGAGGAAGUUGCCUUGUAUUGUGCCAAAUAUCUUCCUGAUAUUAUCAAAGAUCAGAAGGCCUACAAGGAAGGCAAGCUACAGAAGGCUUUAGAAGAUGCCUUCUUGGCUAUUGAUGCCAAGUUGACCACAGAGGAAGUCAUUAAGGAACUGGCACAGAUUGCAGGGAGACCCACUGAAGAUGAGGAUGAUAAAGAAAAAGUAGCAGAUGAAGAUGAUGUGGACAAUGAGGAGGCCGCACUGCUGCAUGAGGAGGCCACCAUGACUAUUGAGGAGCUGCUGACACGAUACGGGCAGAACUGUCAGAAGGGCCCUCCCCAUACCAGAUCUGGAACUGGGACAGGUGAUGAACCAGGGCCUCAGGGCCUCAAUGGGGAGGCUGGACCCGAGGACCCAGCUAGGGAAACUCCUUCCCAGGAAAAUGGCCCCACAGCCAAAGGCCACACAGGCCUUUCCUCCAACUCGGAACAUGGGACUGAGGCAGGCCAAACUGGGGAGCCUGGUACUGCUACUGGUGAGGCUGGACCUUCCUGCUCUUCAGCCUCUGACAAGCUGCCUCGAGUUGCUAAGUCCAAGUUCUUUGAGGACAGUGAGGAUGAAUCAGAUGAGGCGGAGGAGGAAGAGGACGACAGUGAGGAAUGCAGUGAAGAAGAGGAUGGCUACAGCAGUGAGGAGGCAGAGAACGAGGAGGAGGAGGAGGACGACACCGAGGAGGCCGAAGAGGAUGAUGAAGAAGAAGAAGAGAUGAUGGUACCUGGAAUGGAAGGCAAAGAAGAGCCCGGCUCCGACAGCGGCACAACAGCGGUGGUGGCUUUGAUCCGGGGGAAGCAGCUGAUCGUGGCCAAUGCGGGAGACUCCCGCUGUGUGGUGUCUGAAGCCGGCAAAGCUUUAGAUAUGUCCUACGACCACAAACCAGAGGACGAAGUGGAGCUGGCGCGCAUCAAGAACGCUGGCGGCAAGGUCACCAUGGACGGGCGAGUCAACGGGGGCCUCAACCUCUCCAGGGCCAUUGGAGACCACUUCUACAAGAGGAACAAAAACUUGCCACCCGAGGAACAGAUGAUUUCUGCCCUUCCUGACAUCAAGGUGCUGACUCUCACUGACGACCAUGAAUUCAUGGUCAUUGCUUGCGAUGGCAUCUGGAAUGUGAUGAGCAGCCAGGAGGUUGUAGACUUUAUUCAAUCAAAAAUCAGCCAACGUGAUGAAAAUGGGGAGCUUCGGUUACUGUCGUCCAUUGUGGAAGAGCUGCUGGAUCAGUGCCUGGCGCCAGACACUUCUGGGGACGGUACAGGGUGUGACAACAUGACGUGCAUCAUCAUUUGCUUCAAGCCCCGGAACACAGGAGCGCUGCAGCCAGAGAGCGGCAAGCGGAAACUGGAGGACGACGAGGAGGCGGCGGCGCUCUCGGCCGAGGGGGCUGAGGAGAACGGCAGCAGUGAGCAGAAGAAGGCCAAGCGGGACUAGCAGCCGUCCUGACCCUGCUGCCUGCCCACCUGGACUGUGUUCUGAGCCCUUGGACCCGAGACGGAAUUUUGUCUUUUUUCUUUUAGCCUUAGCAGUGGGUAUGAGGUGUGCGGGGGAGCUGGGUGGCUUUCCUCGGCCCACUCCAAAGAGGACUCUGCCCCCGCGGCAGCCUGGGAGCCUCUGCUGGCCCUCCGGCCUCCUCUCCUCGGCGGGCGGGCGGGCGGGCGGGCGUGUGCCUGUGCUGUUGUGUUGGAGGGAAGGAAGGACCAGCGGUUCUGAUUUUUACUCUGUGAACACUUUAUUUAAGGACAUUCUUUUUUAUUGGCGGCUCUGUGACCCUCGCCGCUUGCACCUGCUCUCUGUUGUACACUUUCGAGCAACACUUUUUCAGACUAAAGGCCAAACAAAACCUAA